AUGCUUGGUAGAGAAGAAGCAUCGUGGUGUGAAUAAGACAGCAAUCAUAUAAUAUUCAAAACGAUAUACUAACAUAUAUAGGGCUAAUCUUAGAACUCAAAAGAGACUUGCAGCUAGUGUUGUUGGUGUUGGUAAGAGAAAGAUCUGGUUAGAUCCUAACGAAGCCACUGAAAUCUCCAAUGCCAACUCUCGUCAAGCUAUCAGAAAGUUAUACAGAAACGGUACCAUUGUCAAGAAGCCAGUUGUUGUCCACUCUAGAGCCAGAGCAAGAGCUUUGUUAGAAUCCAAGAGAGCCGGUAG